AGUGUCGUUUAAAAAAAGAAGAAGACUUAAAUAAAAACCCAUCCAACACGUGCAGCGGACAAAAAAUUAUAUGAAUUUAUCAAAUAAAAUGAAAGUUAAAAAGGAUAAAAAAGCUGAAAAGCGUCCACAGAAUGGCGAUGAGACACAGGAAGAAACAGCGUCAGCCCUCAAAGCAAAAAAGAAACAAAAACUAAGCAAAGAAAUUGCCAACAAUGAGGAUGGCGAGUUGGAGGCGCCACCAGCAAAAACUAAAGCAGCAAUCAAAACAUUGGAUACAAAUAUUUUCAAAUAUUUUAAGGAUUUAACUAGCGAUGAGGAGAAACUCCGUCUGGAGGCAGCCGUACAGCUGCUGCAACAAUUAAAUCGUAACAAAGAUGAUGAUAAGAAACAAAAAGAACUACAAUACAGUUUAAAACGUUUGAUACGUGGUUGUGGUUCCUCCACCAAUGCUUCACGUUCGGGUUUCUAUGUAGGUCUGGUUGGUGUCUUGAAAUCAUUUUCCGCCGAUGAGGUACCACUGCAACUAGUUUUGGAUAUUAUGAACAAAGAACUGCAUGUGGGAUCUGCUGUGGUGAAUAAGGAAGAUGCUGAUGCUGUGGUUGGAAAAAUUCUAGUUAUUGGUGCUCUUCUGCAUUCCGGCCGUUUGGCAGAUGUUAAUCCAGAACAUUUGGAACAAAUUACCAAUACCCUGUUGCAGUCAACUCGCCACAAAACCUAUCAUGCCUCGUUGGGUUAUUCGUUUUUGUGUGAAAUUAUCGAAACGUUAUCACAAGAGCAAUUUGAAUCCGCCGUAUGGCCUCUGGUACAAAAGGAACUGUGCAGGCCAUGGACGAAACAAAAUCUCCAAACCAUACACUGUAUUAUAGUAUUGCAAAAGAAAUUCCCCACCGUGUUGAAUGCCAAAUUUCUUAAAGCCCAUUUCGGAGGUGCCGAACUGCUAAAUUCCGAAUCCUUCCAAUAUUUACAUAAAAUAUUUUGGGUUCACAGCAAUACGGACAUUCUAACUCACCCGGCAUUUGAAUAUUUUGGAGCAUAUAUAGCAACAUCGAAAAAUUUAACAACAUUUUGGCGUGAAACUGUUGAUGCUGGUUUGGAAAAUCCCACCAAAUUGGUGGAAAUUGAAACACUGAAAAUUCUCACUGACAUCAUGGAUAAUUUGGAUGUGACAAAGACCAAGGUGCACGAUUUGUUGGGUAAAAAUUUCAUGCAAAUGCUCAUUGAGGGCUUGAAGAAUUUGAAACAGAAAAAGGAUGAAACGUUGAAGGCAUUCUAUGGUGAUUUCUUGGAAUCGUUGGUGAAAUGUUGUGGCAAAAUCACUCAGGACGGCGAUAAAGUAGCAAUAAUACAACGUUUAAUUCUGCCACCUGGUACAUUUAAUAUUGAGAAAUUCACCGGCAAUCGCAUUGUCCACCAGCUGAUUAAUACGCUGGGCGAGGAGGGUGUCAAGGAGAUUUUCAAAUUAUACAAAAGUAUAUUCUUGGGAACGUUGGCCAAAAAUCCCGAAAAUUCUUCCGAAACUUGGCUUAAUUUUGAAAGAUUGAAUGCUGGCUAUAUGUUGCAAUAUUUGUUGCAACACAAAUCCGUACACAAUGCCUAUGCAUGGAGGGAAGAACAAUUGAAAUUUCUGUUCACUUGUGGUGUGUUCUAUGUCACAGAUUUGGCAGAGAUUUGUAAAAAAGAAACGGCCGGCUCGUUUAGUAAAGACUUUGCGGAUCAAUGUAAAAACAUGUUCUUUACCUGUUUGCAGACUAAACUCCAUGACAUCGAUGAGGAGCAGAAAUUGUUGUACAAUUUGGCCCAAUACUGCCAAGAGAAGUUGGCCCAAAAGCAGGCAAAUAAAUGUAUACGCAUAACCAAAUUCGAUGAGGCUUUGCAAAAAGCAUGGCGUUCAAUGUAUGAAGCUGUGUCAGAAGGUCAAAAUAACAAGAAGAAAGCUUCCAAGGACAACAAGCUACAGAGUGUAUUCAAUAUUCUGUUGUUGAACAUGGGUCUCCAGUUGUUCCGUGAGCCAGAGAUGGCAGCCCCUGCCGUAGAAGAUUUAUUGAAAUGUAUGGCCAAAACAAAGGAGGCUGGUAAAAAUAAAAAGAAAUCCAAAAAGUCAUUGGAGGGAGGUGAAGGCGGUGAAGAACCCGAAUGGAUUGAGGUGGUGGUGGACUUGUUCCUGCAUUUGUUGUCCCAAAAUAAUGGAGCCCUUCGCAAUAUUGUCAAUGCCUUGUUUCCCCAUUUGUGUGAUAAUUUGACAUUGACAGCAGUGCAUCAGAUAUUGGGUGUUUUGGAUAUGAAGGAUGGCCAAAAUCCAUUGACUGGCAAAGAUGAGGAGGAAGAAGAUGAUGACGAGGACGACGACGAUGAUGAUAGUGAAAAUGAAGAAGAGCAGAAACCUAAGGCAAAUGGUAAAAAUAAACAAAAAAGUGAGGAAGACGAUGAGGAUAGCGAUGACGAUGGGGAAGAGGACGAAGAUGAUGAAGAAGACGACGAUGAGGAUGAUGACGAGGAGGAGGAGGAAGAUGAUGAAGAAGGCAUUACAGAAAUCGACAAACUACGCAAUGCAGUCUCCCAAGCCUUGAUUGCCAGUGGCACCCAAGUCGAUGACGACAUGGAAUCGGUAGAUUUAAAUGAUAUGACCGAAGAGGAAGGCCGCAAGUUGGAUGAGGCCCUGGCAAAUGCUUUUAAGGCCAUGAAGAAGACCGGUUCUUCUCAAACGAAAAAAUCAAAAAGUUAUCGUGUCAAAACCACCACGGUUAUGCAUUUCCGUAUACGUGUUCUGGAUCUUUUGGAAAUCUAUUUGCAACACAAACCAUCUCUGUUGAUUUCCAUUGAAAUUAUGUUGGCCCUUUACAAUAUGUUGGAAUAUUGUGUGGGCGAUGAGCUGAAGCCCCUACAAAGUAAAGUCGAGAAGACUCUUCUCAAAUUAACUGCUCUAAAGAACUACACCAACACCGAUAAGGAUCUCAAAGAAGAGAAUUUUGUUGAUUUCCUACGAUUGGUUAUUGACAAGAAGGCACCCGCCCCAGUCUUUGAGAUUGUAAAUAAGAUGCGCAACAAGUGUUGUUGCUUCCUCAUUGGAAAUGCCUACAAAAUCAAUGCCAAUGGACAAACGCAUAAAAUUCUUGCCCUCUGCCGGGAGUAUGUCCAAGAAUUUGUCAAGUCACGUAAUCCCACAAUAAAUAUAACUCUGCUUUCGGAUAUUUUCAAAUUGCGAUGGUGUCACAACUACGAUCUGGCUGAAGAUCUUACCCAGCAGGGCAUAAAUCUAGAGGCACGUACUUUCCGUCGCAUACAAGUCUAUGAAAUACUCUCCAUACUGUACAAAAACAAUGAGCUACAAAAACAAAAUGAAGAUGAGACCAAAAAACGUUUUAAGAAAAUUGAAAAGACGCUCAAGGCACAUAUCCAGGCGCUGACACAAAAUAAAUCCCUUAAACAAUCACCCAAAGAAUUCCAAACAUUGUUGGAAUUAAUAAUAAAUGUGCAAAAGGCUCAUCAACGUUUGGGCACAAGCUCCCUUCUGACCACAGACGAAACUCUCAGCAGUUUACAAAAUCUAAGGAAAUUAAUACGUCUGGAGUCCACGCAUGUUUAUCAGCGUUUCUGUGGGGCCUUUAAGCUUAAUGUUAUACGUAAUACUGAAGUGCAACAAAAAGAAAAUGGAGAAGGGGAAAAAGAAAGUUCUUCCGAAUCAGAAGGUAGUGCAUCAUCGGCGGACGAUGACGAUGAGGAGGAGGAAGAAGAGCAAAAUAAUACUGCCAAUGGCAAACAUACCAACGAAUCCAAGAAAUCCGCAGCCACAGCCCAAAAGCGUAAACAACAAACUGCCAAUGAUUCGAGAAAAUUAAAAAAACAAAAGAAACUUCAACGACUGGAGGCGGCAUCAAAGGGUCUUAACGGUGGAAUAGGAUUUUCCCAACAAAAUGGAAAUGAUUCAGAUUCAUCGUAAUUUUUACAAUCCCUUUUUUUCCCCCCCCCCAAAAUUUACUAGUUUGUUUUUAAUUUCUAUAAUAUUUGUAUGUAAUUUAAAAAAAUAAGUUGUUUCCAUAUUUCAUUAAAUAAUCGUAUGGAUCUGCUGCAAGAAUAUUCUGUAAACUAUAUUAUUUUUAUAUAGGAACAAUAGAUAUUUUUUAUUAAAAUAAAUAUGUAUGUAAAGACAAUAA